AACUGAGAAGAGGGCAAAGGGGAAACAAACACGUGUGGCAAUGUCACACUGCACGCGGCAGACAAAAACCCCCAACGACUUCCUCCCCCCUUCCUUCUCUUCCGUUGGCCAGGCUCUUUUCUCUCUCACACACACAAAACGUACCUUGGCCUUGGCCUUUGGCCUAGCUGAUCGAUUGAUUCUUCAGUCGUCACUGCUCUCUUGUCUUCCCUGAUCCUUUCUUCCUCGAGAAGAAGCGAGAGGAAACCCGAUUCCCCUGCGCCCGCCUCCAGUCAACCUAGCUCGGCGGCGCCCGGCGGCUGAGGCUCCAUCGUCCCAUCUCGAUCAGAUCAAUCAGGUGAACCGGGAUCCCCUCCGGGUUGCGAAGAAUGGCCGGCGGUGGCACGAGCAUCAGGAAGUAUGUUGGCGCCCUCAAGGACUCAACGACCGUUGGCAUCGCCAAAGUAAACAGCGAUUAUAAGCGAAUGGACAUCGCUAUUGUCAAGGCCACAAACCAUGAAGAGACUCCUGCAAAGGAGAAGUACAUAAGAGAUAUUUUUCAGCAUCUUUCUGCAGGGAGGGCUCGGGCAGAUGUAGCCUACUGUAUUCGUGCCCUUGCUAGACGUCUUUCGAAGACCCGGAACUGGGCUGUUGCGCUGAAGACACUAAUGGUCAUACACCGUGCCCUUCGCGAGGUUGAUCCUACUUUCCGCCAAGAGCUCAUUAGUUAUGGAAGAUCUACUGGCCAUAUGCUCCACAUGUCCUAUUUCAAAGAUGAUUCUAGUCCAGAAGCUUGGGAUCAUUCUGCAUGGGUGCGCAAUUAUGCUUUAUUUUUGGAAGAGAGACUUGAAUCUUUCCGUGUGCUGAAAUAUGACGUCGAAGUGGAUCCGUUGGGAACUCGUGAUCUUGAUAUAACUGGCUUGCUUGAGCAACUGCCAGCAUUGGAGCAGCUUCUUUUUCGCUUACUGGGUUGCGAGCCACAUGGGUCAUCACGUUAUAACACCAUAAUCCAGCAUGCUUUUUCAAUGGUCGCUCUGGAGAGUGUCAGGAUCCAUACAGCUAUCAAUGAUGGUAUACUCAAUCUGGUUGACAAGUUCUUUGAGAUGCAAAGGGAUGAUGCUAUUAGAGCCCUGGACAUAUAUAAAAGAGCAAUUAAUCAGGCACGGAAACUUUCAGACUUUUAUGAUACAUGUAAAAGCAUACAUAUUGGUGGGCGUGGCGAGAAGUUGUUAAGAAUUGAACAGCCUCCUGCGUCAUUCUUGCAAGCUAUGGAAGAGUAUGUGAAAGAAGCUCCCCUUGCUCCAAGAACUCAGGCUGUUGUACUAGCAAUAGAGGACAUAAGAAAACCAGAAGAGGAAGAAGCAUCAACCUCACCUCCUCCUCCAGUAUCAACUUCAGAACAAGAAGCUGAACCAGAGCCAGUUAAAGAAGUCGCACCCAGAGCUGAGCCAAUAGAUUUGCUGGGGAUGGAUGAACCUAUCUCUGACACAUCUGAACUAGAUCAAAAGAAUGCUUUGGCCUUAGCAAUUGUUGUUCAACCAGAUAACGCAGCUAAAGAUCCUUCUAGUUCUGAAAAGAUGUCCAGUAGCUGGGAGCUGGCACUCAUCACCUCCCCCAGUUCAAACGAACAUACUGCUACUUCAAGCAAAUUGGCCGGUGGACUGGACCUGCUCAGCCUCGACAGCCUGUACGAUGAUGCGCAGCGGGGCACGCAGCAGCACGCGAGCUACAACCCCUGGGAUCAGCAAGCCGCCCCAGUGGCAUCAUCAGCUCCGAUGGCAAUGACGAUGAUGCAGCAGCAGCAGCCGAUGAACAACUCAUUCUACGCCUCUGCGCAUCACCAGCAGCAGCAGGCUUUCAUGCUCCAGCAGCAGCAGCAGCAGCAGCAGGCCUUCAUGCUCCAGCAGCAGCAGCAGCAGCAGUAUCAGCAGCAGUACUACCAGCAGAUGAUGAUGAUGACUGGACAACAGUCUGUUCAUCAUCAGGCCUCUUCCAAUCCUUUUGCCGGCUCGUACAUGCCCAGCAGCGGCCACCCUUAUGGUCAGCUCCAUGCCCGCAACACGUACACUGGAACGGGGAUGAUGUAGAGAUGCUUGGUUUUUUGCAUUACAUUUUUUCAAUUUUUUUAUGGGAAUUGGACAGAAUCCUGUGUGUAGUUAAGUGAGCGUAUAGCCGUUGAAGUUUUCUCCCGGCUGUUCAUCAGGAGUCAGGAAUGGAUGGUUUUGCUUGUGGAUGGGUGGUCUUCCAUGAAAAUUGUAUGCGACUCAAAAGAGGGGCAGAGAUUCAUAUGACAUUGUCAGUGCGAAA